GGUGUUCUCCUAUAGACGUGUCGUAUUCUUUUAUUGAGGAAAAACACAGGGCUGUUUUUCCUGCUACUUCUGAAUCUAACCACCAGAUAUUAUUAGUGACAGACAGAACAAUGGCAGAGCCCAGCAGGCAGGAUAUCUCAGCUAUUUUUAAACGACUUCGCUCCGUACCUACCAACAAGGUUUGCUUUGACUGCUCCGCUAAAAACCCCAGUUGGGCCAGCAUCACCUACGGUGUGUUCCUGUGUAUAGACUGCUCAGGGACACACAGGUCUCUUGGGGUUCACCUGAGCUUUAUCAGGUCCACUGAGUUAGAUUUCAAUUGGUCGUGGUUUCAGCUAAGAUGUAUGCAAGUGGGAGGCAAUGCAACUGCGAUUUCCUUUUUCAGUCAACAUGGAUGCACAACCAGCGCUGCCAACACCAAGUACAACAGCCGAGCCGCUCAGCAGUACAGAGACAAGAUAAAGACUUUAGCCACACAAGCCACCAGAAGACACGGCACCGAGUUAUGGCUGGACAGUCAGGCUCCUCUCUCCCCAACAUCACCAGAAGACAAGCAGGUUGAUUUCUUCAGUCUGCACACACAGGGUCCUGCUGAUAUUAUGAACACGCCAAAAAUGAAUCUCAGCGUCUCCACACCACCAGAGAACCCUUUUACCCUGGAAAAGGAGAAAGACGAUAAUGGUAAUCAAGAGGAAGGUCCUAGUGUGGAUAUGCUGAGUGUUUCUCCCAAACAAAAUCAAGAACCUUCUUCUCUCAAGAAGAAGCCAACUGCUGCCAAGAAAUCACUGGCUGCUAAGAAGGGGGGUCUGGGCGCUCAGAAGGUGAGCAGUAAAAGUUUCUCUGAGCUGGAGAAGAAAGCUCAAGCUGCAGACAAACUGAGAGAGAAAGAUGAGAGCCCCGGCGCUGCCAAGAAGAACUACAAACCUGAGGAAUCCAUCUCCUCAUCCCUGCGACUGGCCUGUAAAGAUCUCGAGCAGCAGAGGAAAAUGGAGGAGAACAAGUUUAAGGGAUUGGAGGGGAAUAAGAAAGAGCAAUCAGAGAGGCUGGGCAUGGGGAUGGGCAUGAGGAGUGGAGUGUCUCACUCUGUGACCUCGGACAUGCACAUCAUCCAGCAGGAGAGCCCCCAGGGGGCCAAGACCACCAAAGGACGCCGCUUCACUGAGGAAGAGGAGGACGGAGGCUCCUUCAGCUCUAGGGUCAUGUCUCGAUUUGAGGAGACAGAGACUUCAGAUAAUUACUCCUCGGGGUGGGAUGAUAAAGGCGAGGGAGGAGGCUGGAUGAAGGCGAGCAAGAAACCAGAGCCGGACUUUUUCCUCACCUCCACUAUAACAUCGCUGAACGACAGGCCUACGUCCAGAAGAAAACCAGAAGCAAUGCCGGUGUCAGACUCCGGAGAAGCUCAGAAAAAGUUUGGUGUCGAGGUGAAAGCCAUCUCCUCUGACAUGUACUUUGGAAAACAAGAUAACACUGAGUAUGAGGCCAAAACCCGACUAGAGAGAUAUGCUGGCAGUGCCUCUAUAAGUUCAGCAGACCUUUUUGAUGAUCCAAAGAAACAAGCUGCGAGUUCCUACCGCCUGACCAACGUUCUGCCCAACGCUCCCGAUAUGUCGCAGCUCAAACUUGGAGUGCGCUCAGUCGCAGGGAAGCUCUCCGUCAUGGCCAGCGGCGUCGUCAGCUCCAUUCAGGAUCACUACAGCUCUUGAGCCACGGAGUGUCUCCUGUGGAACUUCACCACCUUAUAGUUGUUGAUGAGAAGUUUCCCAUGAGUGAGUGGUGGUCCCCCAUCCUGGGAAAGAAAUCUGUCCCUUGAUGUUAUCGAAAUCGACCCUGUAUACAUCUAUAUCUAGUUUUGUAUGAGAUAAUGUAUAUACAGUUGUGAGGAUCGAGGGGAUCAAGCACAAUAUUUUUUGGAGUGGAAUUGUGUUCCCUUGCUGGAAUCUUGAAGCAAGAUCUCUGUAAAGCUGAGUUAUGAAGAAUAUUUAGUUUGCGGGUUAAUGCGCAGAUCGCUUUGAGGUCUUGGGGUUUAAAUAUUUAGAAGUAUCAUAUGUAGCAGAGGUUUAUGGUGUUUUGAAGGAUGGAUUUUUGAUUCCUUUAUUUGACCGGGUGAAAAAAAAAAAAAACAGCUUAGCAGUGAGGACAAUUCAGUUGUUAAUUGGUUAACCUACUCUCGCUCAACACAUGCACUCUGUAUUGUGCUUUUUCGCACAUUCCCACAAUUUUGAAAGUGUCCUUUUCUGUCCUCAAAGUGCUCUUAUGUUUGCUCCUCCACAGACAGGACCAAAACCUGAUAAAGAGGCCUUAGGGGACCAGAUGUAUAUUUCUUAAUCAUGAACACUAUCAGUCAUGUAAAUUGGUAAUGUGCUUCAUUAGCACAUAAACUUCAUUAUCUCUCAACAGCUAUGUUAUUCCUUAUUUUUUUAAGGCCAUGCAUUUAUUAUGAAAGAAUAAGAUAGCAUGACGCCUAAGCAGCUAUGAAAAAGUGACUUUAAAGACAAGGUUGGGAGACGCUCAUUUGCGUUCUUUAAAUAGUAUGAUGAGAAGAUUUGAUACCGCUCUCAGGAUUGUGGUUUUAAUCUUCUUACCUAAUUGUAUUCUUACUUGGCUUCCUUAAUGGCAUUAGUAAGACUCAGCUCUAUGUGGGUCAGUUGCACUAUUUUAUUUUAUUUUUUCUCAAUCCUGUUGGAAUCAGACACUUUAAGACAUUCUGUAAUAGGGUCAACAUUGCAUAUGAAUUGAGUUUUGAGAGGUGCCUUUUGACGUGGAUUUGGUUUUAAUUUGUUGAUGCUUUUCCUUGGUGUUGUGUUUACACGGCUGCUAUUACUGUUUAUACUGCCCCCUUUUGGUUUCUAUAUAAUUUGAAUGGCGCACAUUUAUGAAGGCUAUAUUUCCCCUGAUGCUUUUUUGUUGCUUUCAAACACCAAUGUACAGCAACGUGUGUCAACUUAAAUUAAGGCUGUAAGGAAUCCCUUUUAUAUCCUUCAUCUUUUUGUUGCUGUAGCAUACUGCCAAGGUCGUAUCUAAGUUGGCAAUUUGUCGAACAUAGCACUACAUGUACGCUCUAGUCUGAUUUUGGAUUUUGAAAGCCCUCGCAAAGCCUCUCUUCAUGGCUCUGGUAUGGAAUACUGCGGCUCUUUCUUUUAUAAUUUAGGGACAAGUGCUAAAUCUGGAACUGGAUGACCAUAUUACUGAUCUCUGUACUGUUAAUGCUUCUCAGGAGUUUGUAUUGAGUUGUUAGGUAUUGAACACUAAAAGAGGAAGCUGUAGAUUCUUCAGUGACCAAAUAUCAGUUCACUCCAUCACUGUAAGCCUUAGUCCAAAGAUCUCUGAUCAACAUGCCCUCAUUUAACAAUAUUUUGGAGUCAUCUGGUUACCUUUUUACACCUUAUCUGUUAGAAAUUGCAUUUGGCAGCUUGUGCUUGAUUGUAACGUACUGCAAAUGAAGCCUCUACAUUGCGUCCAUGUAAGAGUUCAGUUUGGUUGAUCCUUGUAGUAUUUCUUUGUGUCUUCUGCUGUUGAAUAUUGUUAAAUGUUAGUAAUGGUAUCUUGCUUAAAUUGCAUGACCCUUAAGCUGUCACAUCCUGAAUACAAAACCACAUGCUGUGUUGAAACCCACUUGAUAAUAAUGAUACAACUGUAUAAUAGUGCUACAAACCACGCUGUAUAGGGCUUUGAAUUUCCAUUUAUAGGAUGCUACAGAUAAUCAAGUUUUGACAUAUUUUGACACUCAAAAUGUAAGUAAGAUUUAAUGAAACAUGCCAAAUAAAUGGCUUGUGCCGAAGCCCUCUA